GGCUAGGGCAAGGAGAAUUAAAUGGCCACAUCUCUCCUACUACUGAGAAGAGCCUCCUCCUUGUUCUCCUCCUCCCCUUCCCCUCUCUCCUCCUCUUCCUCUCCUCUCCCUCGCCUCGCUCGUCGCAUCCCCCUCCGCUCCAUGGCCGCCGCCGCCGCCGAGCCCUUCCAGAAGAUUCAGAUCCAGCGAGAAGACACCACUUUUGAUGCGUAUGUAGUCGGCAAAGAAAAUGCUCCAGGCAUAGUAGUGUUGCAGGAGUGGUGGGGAGUCGAUUUUGAGAUCAAGAACCAUGCUUUGCACAUUUCCCAGUUGGAUCAAGGAUAUAGAGCCCUAAUCCCAGAUUUAUAUCGUGGAAAGGUUGGUCUGGAUGCUGCCGAGGCACAGCAUCUGAUGGAAGGUCUUGACUGGCAAGGCGCGGUCAAGGACAUAAGUGCGUCAGUCAAUUGGCUCAAGGCAAAUGGUUCAUCAAAGGUUGGUGUAACUGGCUAUUGUAUGGGAGGUGCUUUAUCUAUUGCAAGCGCAGUUUUAGUCCCAGAGGUCGAUGCUGUUGUUGCCUUCUACGGCGUUCCAUCCCCGCAACUUGCUGAUCCAUCUCAGGCUAAGGCUCCCAUUCAGGCUCACUUCGGCGAGCUUGAUAACUUUGUUGGAUUUUCAGAUGUUACUGCGGCGAAGUCUCUAGAGGAAAAGCUUAAGUUGUCAGGAGUGCCAUAUGAGGUCCACAUAUAUCCGGGAUGCGCACACGCCUUCAUGAAUGUGUCCCCUGAGGGCAUCAAGAGGAGGAAGGAGUUGGGGAUGACUGACGGGGACCUGUCUGCUGUCGAGUUGGCUUGGUCGCGUUUCCGUUCUUGGAUGGGCCGUUUCCUGUUCUAAUCCUUGAAGCAAGGAAAAGAUCUUUCAUACAUGACCUGGGUCAUGCUGCUUGCUAUGUUAUAAAAAUAAGAUCUUUGCAGGACAGUUCCUGGUGUCUUCUCUGUCCAGUGUUUUGUUGCUCCUGUUUUACUAUCUAUGUUCGAGGGGGCUUUGUGUGAUGCAUCUGUUCGGUGAAGUUUGGAUGAUGUGUAGUUGAGGUUUUAAUGUGUUUAUGUGAUAUAUUAUAUGGUUGUGAAAUUCUGUAGAAAAAACUCUCA